AUGGCCUUUGGUUCUGGUCGGCGUGUGAGCCUCCCCCCCUUCCUGGUUGCCAUGAUGAGCCAAGCCUUUCAAGCCUGCGCACAAAGCCACGUAGCCUUGGCAGGCAUGGUCCGAGACCCCAUUGCAAUGUCAGGGGCCAAGGGACUUGGAGUCUCGGGGAACUACGUGUAUGUGGCGGGGCAAUAUGAUUGGGGCAUCUCAGUGCUCGACAUCUCAGAUCCCGCCAACCCCACAUUCGUGAGUUCUCUUGUGGGCAAGCAGCUCAUCGGGUACCCCAGGGCUUUGACCAUCGUUGGGGACCACGCUUUCGUUACAAGGGACUCAUAUCCUUAUGCAGUGCUUGCAAUCAACAUCACCGAUCCCAGCAACCUCACCAUCACGGGCUCCUUCGAAACGCAGGAUAGCACUGUGAUAAAUGCACCGAAUGCCAUUGCAGUCGAUGGAAACCUCGCCUUCGUGACCGGGGAAUAUUCGCAAAGCCUGAUAGUGCUGAACGUCACCGAUCUAAGCAACCUCACGCUUGCAGGUUACGUCGCAUCCCCUAGCCUCUCCAGUCCCAGGGAUGUGCGGAUCGCUGGCGACUACGCCUAUGUGACCUCCUUUAACACUGAUGCCUUGAUUGCGGUCAGCAUUGCUGACCCGAGCAACCCAAGCAUCGCAGGCGUUGUUUCAGAUGCGACGAUGACCGAUGGCCCCGUUGGACUUGAGAUUGCCGGGGACCUCGCGUAUGUGACAUCCUGGAUGAAGGACCGCUUGACCGUGAUCAACGUCUCUGACCCAACGAGUAUGUCCAUCGUAGGCAGCGUCUACGACGGUGCAGCCCUAGACGGAGCCCAGAGAGUCCGCAUCACCGGAGGCUACGCGUACGUAAUCGGACUGUGGGGCAAUAGCAUUGCGACGGUCGACAUCACCGACCCAAGCAACCCUACCAUCACCAACAGUCUGAUAUCCGAUACCCAGCUCUAUUGGCCUGAAAAUUUCAUCAUUGUUGGGGACCUCGCGCUCAUCACCGCAAAGCUAAGAAGUGAGGGGCUGCAGGGGGAACACGUGGCGGUGGUGAACAUCAGUAACCCAAGCAAUCUGAGCCUCGUUUCCACCUUCGGGGAAGUCCCGCACAGCAUCCUUGAGGAUCCCGAUCAGAUUGCAAUCAAAGGCAAUUAUGCCUACGUGAACGGUGAAGAAGGUUCUCUUACUGUGAUCGACAUCAGCGACCCAACCAGCCCCACAGUGGUACGCCACGUCUAUGACCCGAAGCUGGAUGGCGUCGAGGGCAUUGAGAUUGCUGGGGACUACAUCUACGUGGCUGCUAACGACUAUGACGGCCUUGUCGUUCUCAGCAUCACCGAUCCGGCCAACCCCACCAUCGUGGGGUCCAUCCAGGAUGACGACUUGUUUGAUGGUGCCACAGACGUCAAGAUCGCAGGGAACUACGCUAUUGUGACCGCUUAUUCCGAGGACGCCGUGACAGUGGUGGACAUCAGCGACCCGAGCAACCUCACAGUCGUGAGCCAUCUGAAAGGCUCCAUCCUCGAUGGUGCCGAGAACAUCGCAAUUGCCGGGGAUCACGCCUUCGUGACGUGCUACUCGGAGGACACUCUGGUCGCGAUCAACAUUACCGACCCGAAGAAUCCGAGCAUCACAGGAGUUUUCGAAGAUAACCAGAGGCUUGAUGAAGCCAGGGGCAUCGUCAUUAAGGAGGACAUUGCGUAUGUGUGUGGCCACGACAACAGCUGGCUGGUUUCCUUUGACAUCUCUGACCCAAGCAACAUGAGCAUGGUAGGCUCCGUCCAGGACGACCGUCUCGAGGAGUGCUGGUCGGUCGCUGUUGAAGGGAAUUAUGCUUACGUGACCUCCGAGGACUACGACGCCUUGGCCGUAGUCGACAUCAGUGACCCAGGCAACCUCACCAUCGUGGAGUCUUUCAAACACCCCUGGCUUGAAUACGCCAAGGGCGUCGCGAUCGCUGGGGGGCACGUCUAUGUCACUGCGCACCGCUCUGACGCCUUCUUCGUGCUCAACGUCGUGUCGACGACGACGAGCACGACGACGACUACAGCGGCGAGCACAACGACGACUUCGGCGGCGUCGACGACUACAGCGGCGUCGACGACCACCACGACCACCACAACGACCAGCACAACGACGACGAGCACGGACAGCACCACCACGACCGCAAUGGAGAAUGCCACGAGCACCGUGAUGGAGAAUGCAACGAGCACUGAGAGCACCACGUUCGUGUCUGAUGUGAGCUAUGCCAUGCGAGCUUCGGCCUUGGCUUCAAUUGCCUUGGCUAGUUCUAGGAUGUUCUAG